UAUGAAAGCGUCACAUAAGAUCAUGUACUAAUUAAAAUGUCUUAAAAAUACAAUUAUUUAUAAAAAGUAAUCGGAUGAGUCCUAACGACAUGUUGUCAACCUCCUAAUCUUAGUUUUAGUGUACGCCUAACUAUAUUUUUAAAAUAGAUUAGGGAAAACAAUCAAAUAGGUCCACGUACUUUGAACAAAAAUCAAUUAAGUCUACAUACUUUUUAUCUAAUCAAUCAAGUCCGUAAACUAUUAAAAAUGAACAAAUCUGCUAUUUAGCAGGUAGCCAACCGGUUACCCGGUAAAUGUGGAAGUCCGAUGUGACACUUUUUUAUUGUUUUCCACGUAGUAAUUUUUUUUUUGUUUUUCUUUUCUUUUCCUUCUGCUUUUUCCUCUCUUUCUUUUUCUGUUUUCUUUCUUUCUUCUCUUCUUCCUUUCCGUUGAGUAGGCUCCCACACAUCCAAUCACUUUCUUCCAUUUUUGCUCGCCACCUCCCAAUGGAACGAACUCCAUCACCCUGAUCUCUCAAGCCACCACCUCCGCCGCCAGGCUUCCAUAGCCACCGCCUCCGGCCUCCACUUCACUUCUGCCGCCCCUCCUACACACCGCCUCCGGCCACCACCUCGGCGGCGUCCACCUUCACCUCCUCCAUUGAAGCAACCUCCAGCCGCUCCGACCUCCGUAGCCGCCAUCUCCGCCGCCCAUACCUCCGUUCACACCGCCUCCGGAUACCACCUCCGCGGCCUACACCUCCGCCUCUUCCAGUGAAGCGACCUCCAACGGCUCUGGCUUCCAUAGCCGCCGCCGCCGCCGCCUCUGUGACUUCUAACUAUGCCUCGUCAAGUCAAUCGAACUCUACUGCCUCAGCCUCCAUAGACUGGUAGAUCGAGAGGUUGGAGAAUGGAUCAAGUGAUGAACAAGUGGAAUUUCUAAAAAAAUGGAUUGAAGUCCACAUCGAUGACGCACAGAAAACUCUGAACAAACCUUUGCUCUUGGCCGAGUUUGGGAAGAGUGACAAAGAUUCCGGCUUCACCGUCGCAAAGAGGGACAUUCUGAUGGAAACCGCUUACGCAGCCGUAAACUCAUCCGCCCAGGCUGGAGGUGCGGCGGCCGGCAGCUUGUUCUGGCAAAUUAUGACAGAAAGUGCAGAGGAUUUCCAGGAUGGGUAUGGGAUAUUCCUCAGCCGGAGCUCCUCGACGACUGAUAUCAUAUAUGAAGCGUCACAGCGGCUCGCCAGGCUUCGAAGAAUGUAUGCCAGGCUUGAAAACGUGGAGGAGUGGAAGAAGAAGAGUAAGGGGGCGGCCACUAGAGAAAUCCAUGGAAAUGGCAACGGCAAUUGAUCUAAGAAGAAGGAGAAGAAACUCACGUACAACAAAUUCUACCACUAUAAUACGUAGUACUCUACUCUUGUCCCUCAAUUAAGUUAAGUGCUUGACUUUAAUGAGGUUGAAGCUAGGGCUUGCUACCUGCACCUUCUUACAGGUGAACACAAAUCAAGGAAGACGUGGUUCAUGCUUCCUUAUUUCCUUUCAAACUACCAAACACUUGCUCAUGGAUAUUUGAUUUACUAUAAACUAUUUUGGGCCUGUGAGCUCACGUUUUGGCCGGUUGUGGCCCAUGCUUUACCGUUGAAUAUUUCCGCUAUUCAUUGGUUUGAAUGUGAUGUUGUUAUGUAUGUUUACUAUUGAGUAUGGACGGAUUAUGUUCAUGGACGCCUUGUAUGAUUAAGUCACGUUGACUUGCGAGUGACAUCACUUGGUCAUACGGCAGUUGUACACGCACUUAGAUGCGGUCUGGGGCGUGACAAUUAAGUUGUAUCAGAGCCAGAAAUGGAGGGUAGACGUAUGCCGACGAGGAACAACCCUAGGGGACUUGCUGCGGGGGGCUCAGUAGGGGCUAGCCGGGCCACAUCACAUUGUUCUAGGGGAAGAAGAGGAUGCCGUGUAGGCCGUGGGGGCCACCGGGUCCAAACAGUGAGCGAUGGCCACGUUAGUACAGUGUAUGAAACUAACACCGAGAACUAUGACUCGACAUUUGUUCCUGAAACGGAGCAUGAGGAGACCCCAUAUGAUGUGGUGACUUUCACACCGACGAUGAUGAUAAUGAUGAGAGCGAUGCCCAUUUUGCUCAAAUGGGGGAGCUGCUCGAAUGGUAUCAAAAGGAGAAACAAAGGAGAGACCUUAGACGCCAAGCUAGGUGUGCCUCUCAAGGGGGCUCGGGCCAACGAAGCUGGGGAGCUUCAAGGGCUGUUUCGGGGGCGUCUCAAGGUGGACGUGACGGAGACUUCUGUGUGAGAAUCUCCAAAUACCUCAAGGAGGCAAGAGCCUUGGGGUGCAGGUCCUUCGACGGCACCAGUGAUAUUACCGUUACCGCCGAUUGGAUAAAGAAGGUGAAAGAUGCAGCGAGGGACAUGCAAAUCACCACGGACGUGAAGUUGACUAUUGCUUCACGUUUGCUUGAUGGAAUGGCUUCUACAUGGUGGGAAGCUAUAGAAGGAAAAUACCGUGGGAACAUCUCAUGACAGAACUUUGAGCAAGAGUUUUAUGCUCAAUACUACUCCGACUUCGAGGUCAACGUGAAGAGGAGGGGAGUACACCAACCUUAGACAAAAGGAAGGUGGUACGGUCAAGCAAUUGGAGCAAGAAUUUAGAACCUUGGCUAGGUUCUUACCCGAGUAUGCGGCCGAUGAAGACCGCAUGACUGAACAUUUUUGGGAUGCCUUACUGUUGGACAUCUGUGACCGGCGCGGGCCACGCACUCGCGCCACAUGACCUUUAGCGAGGUGGUUGAACAAGGUAUGCUUGGGGAAACCCAAUGGAAUGAGAGGAAAGCAAGAGACGUCGAGGAGGCGAAGAAAAGGAAGUGGAAUAGUUCGGGGCCACCCGAUCAUUCAUGGAGGAACAACCACGGAGGAGGUUGACAUUCAUGUAAAUUACAUAUUUAUUUCUGUGUUUUUAAUUAGUUUUGAUUGAUUAUUACUUUGGAAAUUACACACUUUUGGUGUAAUAGUUUAAGUUGUAAAAAUGUUUGUAAUUUGUUUAGAUUAGGUUUAUACUAAGCUCAAACAGGUCCAAAAUCACUCUAGGGACCAUUGGUGAACAUCACAAAUGGAAGGAAGGUGCAAAAAUCUCAAGAUUCUGAUUUUUGGUGUUGUACCCGGUCGGGUAUGACCUAUACCCGAUCGGGUACCUUGUUGAAAAAUCAAAUCGGAUCGGAUCCGGGACAAGGCAACAUGCAGGGGAGAUUUUGGCAUGAUCGAGUGUUCAUACCCGAUCGGGUGGCCGACAUUCCCACCGGGUAUAACCCAGUUUUUUUAUACUUCCGCGAAGCAACCAAGUACCCGAUCGAGUGCCCUUACAGCCCGAUCGGGUACAAGAUCCUGCAAGCCUAAAAAGCCUAUAAAU